AUUUUUCAAAUUAAAACUUUUUUUUUGUCUCUGUUCUCUGUUGUGAUUUAUUGGUUCGGUGUUUGCAAUAUUCAGUUCGACUGAAAUUAUAGAAUUGUCGCCACACAUUCAUUAAUUGAAGGAUAGUGAGAACAAAUGAUGGUCAAUUAGUGAGAAUACAGACUGUGUCAAUUCUGAACGAGUGAAAUGAAACGGCAAGUGAUUUAUCGAGUUGAUGUGGACUACAGUCACAAGAGUGGAAGACUGCUGCGUAAGCCGAUCGAUUACUACAUUCAGGAUGUCUUAGAUGAACGACAAGAUGUUCAAAAGAAAACUUUCACCAAAUGGAUCAACGCCCACUUGUCUAAAACGACCUGCCCUCCUGUGAAGGACCUGUUUUUGGAUCUCAGAGACGGUCAUAAGCUCCUGGCCUUGCUUGAAAUAUUAACAAACACUCAAUAUAAACCUGAAAAGGGUCGCAUGCGUGUACAUCACAUCAACAAUUUGAAUAAGACGUUACAAGUGUUACAAGAGCACGGCGUUAAACUGUUGAACAUUUCAAGCGAAGACAUCGUUGCUGGCAAUAAGAAACUGACUUUGGGUUUAAUUUGGAUCAUUGCUUUAUGCUUUGACGGUCAGAAGCUGGUCAAUUCACAAGCUGUUAGUGGCAUAGAGAAAAGCCUGUUGAAUUGGGUGCGCCAAUACACCGAACCACAUGGAUUCAAAGUAAAUGACUUCACGAACAGCUGGUCAGAUGGAUUAGCCUUUUUGUAUAUUUUGGAUGGAAAUGUGCCCGAUUUUGAUUUGAAAUCUGUGGUCAAACUUCAUCCCAUUGCUAGAAUCCGCCUUGCCUUCGACCUAGCUUCUCAACAUCUACAAAUCGACCAAUUGCUUGAUCCGGAAGAUGUUAACACAAACAAGCCCGACAAGAAGUCAAUUCUUAUGUAUGUUAUGUGCCUUUAUCAUGCAAUAGACGCCCGGAAAAUGGAUCACGGAAGCAUUCAAGAUUUAGUACAACAUUUUGGCAGCACUGAAGAAAUGCAAUUGUUGAACGAAGUAGAAAUGGAUACGACACGUGCUGACAACAAUGCCAAUGAGCCGGAAGUUCCGACCACUAAAACAUUCCACAUUCAGGAAGCACUUCAUGUCGGAAAUGUAACCGACUUGGAUGAAAUUUCACUGAACAAGUCGAUGGAGAACAUUGACGAAAUUCCGUCGCCCAGCACGAUCAAACGAAGUGCCACGUUCACCAUCUUGAAAACCGACAAUGGAGGAAAUGAAAUCAAAGGUGAUUCGAAUGCAGACAACGAUGCAUUGGCUGUAACGGUAUCCAAAGGUGAUGCAAACACCCUAACCGACCUUACCAAUUCGCGUCCGCAAUCUUAUUCCAAUUCACGUCCACAAUCGACCGCCACGAAUGCGUCGAUUGAAAUCGGCAGCUAUCAGAAUGCAAUUGAAGUGGUACUCUCGCUGCUGCUAGAAGCCGAAGAGGUGCUGUCCAAAGAUUUGGCUAGUGUUACCGAUCUCAACGAAGCGAAACAACAAUUUCAAGAGCAUGAAGAUUUCAUGAUAAAAUUGUCAGAGUACCAGCAGUAUGUGGGCAGUGCCUUAGAGGAAGGAGCACGUUUAAUGGCUGAAUCGCAACAAACCACCGGACUUACAUUGGAAGAUCAGAACGAGAUCAGACAACAAAUGUUUCUCCUGAAUGAACGCUGGGAAACGUUACGAAUGAAGGCGUUGAACGUCCAAUCGAAAAUACACUCAAGAUUGGCGAAAGUUCAACUGGAGAAAAUCGAAGAAUUGAGAUUUUCGUUGACAAUAACCGAGGACAAGAUAUCACGAAUGCCAGACAUUAGCUGUCACCCGGAUGAUAUGAAGAAGCAAUUUGACGAACAUCGUUUGCUGGAAAGAUCGUUGGACGAUCAACGGGCGUUGGUUGAUUCGCUAAGCAAUCUAGUUGUGAUCGUUAACGACGAAUCGUUUAGUGAAUUGGAGGAUAAACUAGCUGCACUCGGUGAACGAUGGUCGCACGUAGUUAAGUGGACAAAAAUCCGAUGGGAGAAUUUACAGGACGUAAGCAAUAAGUGGAAACAGUUGACCGACAGAUACGCUGUGGUGUGUAAGUGGAUGGACACCAGAGAACGUGAUUUGAAAGCAAUGGAGGCGAUGGAAGUGACGGAAAUCGGUAGUGUUAUGAAGCGGAUGAACGAUUUGAAGUAUUGCGGUAAAGAUUUGGAUGUUUUAUCGGAUUAUCUAGCCGAAUUGGAAGGGGUUGCUCAAAAUUUACAGCCAGCGUCGUCGAAUUUGAUGGACAAAAUGGAAAAUCUUGGUGAUCGGUGCGAAGCGUUGAAACAAAUCGUUGAAAUUCAGCAGAAUCGUAUCGAGAGUUUGGGAUUCAGUUUUCCAGCGGCCAGCAACGAUUCGUCAUCUUUGGAGCGACCGAUCAGUUGGAUCGAUUUCCAGUGGAAAUUCCAACAGAACAACGAGUCACCCAAUCAAUCCGAUGUUGAAAUGAGCCCUCAAUCGAGUAAAAAAAGGAAACUGCAAAAGCCCGACGCUUUGAGAAACGUCGAGGCGAAGACCAAAGAAAUGGCCAUCUUUGUGGAAGACACCGAAGCGAAAUUGGAAGACUUCAAGCAGUUGAAUCUUAAUCAGCAGUCAACCCUCCUAACAUUUUUGAACGAGGAUCUGAAGCGUAAAAUCAAAGAAUUCUUGGAAGUCAAGGCAAAGCUCGAUGAAUGCAGAACCCAGUUCGACAUAAGUGAAGAGGAGCAGCGAUUGUCCGAUAUUGGUUCGAAAUAUGACGAAUUGAGCUUUCGCAUCGAAGAUCUGUCGGUGAAACAGCGACGAAAUGUGGUCAAGGACAAACUUCACAACAACUUGAUGACCUUCAAGCUUACGUUGGCCGACUGCAGGGACUGGUUCAAACAACAUUCCAAUACGGCCAGCAAAGACGAUCUGCAAAAUCGAUUAAGUUGCAUGGAUAAAUACACCGGCGACAUCAACGAAUCGAAAGCGACCUGGAAUUCGGAACUGUCGUCCGAAUUGAAGGAAUGGAAACUCGACUUUGACCAAUUCCACUCUAGUUGGUUCGAUCUACGUGCAGCAUUGACGCGUCUGUUGCAAGAACGUGGUGGUACUGAAGAUGUGAGCGCUAUGCGUAGAGAAUUGGAGGACUUCGUUAGCGAAGCAGAAGAGACUUAUGUCGUAGUCGAUGAUAUGAUUCGAAUGAACGAGAAUUUGGAAAAACUGCAAGAGCUGAACGUACAAUACGGAAAGCUUCAAGAACUGCACGACUAUAUCAGCGAUAAAAUGAGUCAAUCUUCGGAGAAUGACGAUUUGUCUGAGGUGUGGUCCAAAUUGCCGACACUCAUCAACGAACGGACCAUCAAGCAAAAUGCGGCCAUUGAAAAUCUGAAACACUUCAACAACGAGUACAACGAGAUACUGCACUGUCUGACGCAAUUGGAAAAUAUUUUGUGCGAAGAUGUGUUCAUCCUGGGCGAAUUUCAUACUUUGCGCGAGAUGGGAGAUCGAUACGAGUCGCAUGCGUCUGACAUUAAACGAAUCGAAAUUGACAUCAUCAGCGUGAAGAAUUUCAGCGAAAUAAUUGCAAAGGAUGGCGAGGACGAUCAUAAGCGAUUUUUGGCGAAGAAAAUCAAGGACGUCAACGAUCGGUACACGAAAAUCAUCGACUUAUAUCAACAGAAUUCCAAACGCUUGCAUCAAGUUCGCAGCCAAACGGAAAGUGUUAUUCUGAAAAUUGAACAGAUGGAACUGUGGCUGAACGAUCUGGCAAUGAACACGCCCAAAUGUUCCAACUCGGACAUAACCAAUUCCAACGAAUUAUUCCAAAUCAAAACCAAGUUCCAAAGUCUCAAGGAGACGUGCGAACUGCAAACGAUUUCGUUCCGCGAACUGAACGAAAUGGGAAACGAAAUGUUGAUCCAGAUCGACGAUCUCAAUCAGAUGAAAUCGGGCACGAAGUAUUCGUAUCUGGCCAAGGAAUUUACAAAGCUGAAUGCUCGCUGGAAUGAGAUCACGUCGAUUGUCUACAAUCGCACCGGACUGUUGGAACAUAUUUCGAGCCAAUUGGGUGAAUUCAAAACAUUGACCGUUGGAGAGACUGGAUACCUGGACAAAUUGGAGAAAUGUUUACGAAAAAGUCCGGAGAAUGCGGCCGAUGCAGAGGAAAUGUAUGAAGAGCUGGAUGAUCUCGAGAAUAAUAUCCGGAAUCAUUCGGAUGAUCGUCUGGAAAAGAUCCAAGAAAUAGCAUCUGAAUUGGUCGAUCAUAAGAUCAUGGUCGAUUCCAUAACUAGUGAGGCGCAAAAUAUCACCGAGAGAUGGAAUUUGCUGCAACAUCAGGCUAAGCAACGCGAGCAAAUGCUUCAACGGGCUGUGUCCGAAGCUCAGACAUCAGAGACCCGAGUAUCGACUAUGCAACAGUGGAUUAGUCGUGUCGAUAGUGUACUUAAAGAGCACCUUGAGAAUGAUACGACUAUGGAAGACUUACCGCAUGAUUUUCAGCGACUAAUGGACGAGUUUGAAAGCAAUGAAGAAUUGCUUAAAGAUAUGCAUGCAGAAGUGAAGUCACAUCAACAGAAAGGGAAACAAGAGGCUGCCCAUCGGCUCCAGGAACAAGUCAAUUUAUUGGAGGAACGCUUCCUCGCUUGCAAAGACAAGCUUAGCAGUUUCGCCUCACCUCAGGCAGCAUUCGAAACUCGAUUGAAUCGAGCUGUUGGCGAGCUUCGUAAUGUGGAAAGGAAUUCGUGCAUCUUAGACGUGCAAUCAGCUGGUCCAUCUAAUGUACAAGAUCAAUAUCACAAUUGUGUGAAAAUGUAUCGCACCUUGUCGGAAAUCAAACCAGAAAUUGAGACAGUCAUAAAAACCGGUCGAAAAGUUUGCGAGGAUCGAUCGACGAAAAAUCCGAAAAAAUUGAGCCAAAGCAUUGAUGCGUUAAAACAUCUCUACAAUGCCCUCGGCGAACAUAUCACUCAGUCGAAAAGCGUUUUGGAGAAACUAUCAAAACUGUCCAAUGCAAUCGAUGAUAAUGUCAGUGGCAUUGAAAAGUGGCUGAAUGAUUCGAACAAAGAUUUGAAAAGUGUUGGAGAAAUCGAAAAGUUAUUGGAACAAUGCAAUCGUAUGUAUGAUGAGUACAAGCUGUCGUGUAAUCCAACAUACUUAGAGGAAGUGCGAGAAAAGAUCGAUGAACUUGAAGCCAAGUUUUCCGUUCAUUCUAAUAAGGGCACGUUGAUGAAGAAAUUGAAUGAAAUGAAGAAUACUCUGCAAAACUUGGAUAGCAUUUCAUUAGAGUCUCUCAGAUCCAUGGAAAAAGAACUCGAAGAUAUGGAUACAACAAAUCCUUUCGUUAAAGACCUUCAUCAUGAAGUAAUGGAGAGUGUAAAGAUUGGUUUGUCAUCGAAAAUUCGACUAAAUGAAAGUAACACAGAAAUUGUUGUUGUCAGUGACACUGUCCGACAACGACGAGCACGCACGCCAUCAUCCAAUGAUAAUUCGGAUAAAAUGAUUACCGAAACAGCAUCCACUGAAAAUCGAUGCAAUGUGUUACCGGAUUUACUACCGACGACAUUCCGAUUAGCCGAAGCGAGUUCGCUAUUUUCUCAAAUUUCUGUGAAUGAAACCACUUACAGUGAACCAAUGGAUGGGAAUGAUGAUGAAGACGUUCCACAAGACGAUGAUGUUUCGGUGGUUGAAAUACGCGAGAGCGAUUUGACUCCAAAAUUGCAAGUUCGGAUUGCGAGUCAAGGCUUAGAGAAUAUAGCGAAAAUUGAAGAUGUCACUAACACAAUUAGCAUCAUCGAAACAGUGGAGAUCUUUGAACCGGAGUUCGUUGAAACUGUGAAUAUUGUUUAUGCAUCGGAUGCAUCUUCCUGCUCCACGCCAGUGCUUGACGAUCGAGAUGAACGCGAGAGCAAGUCAAUUGGAGCAAGUUUUGAAGAUCUAGAGGAGGAAUUGAACAACGAAACAACGCAAAAUUCUUCGAACGGAGGUUUUUUGAUUGAAAAGCAAAGAAUUUCGCUCGACGAACCUUCAUCGUCGCUGUUAAAGGAAAGAGAUCUGUUGAAAGACUCUGAAGACGAUGUAAAAGUAGGUCGAAAAAAAACCAGGCGAAAUAUUGCUCCCACCUUAAAAGAAAUUUUAAGUUACCCGGAGCGUGAUAGCUUUUACGGUUCGGACAAAGAGAAUUUUGACGAUCCACUGGUCUUCUCAGAGGAUGAAGACAUUCCAAGAUUUUCACUUGAAAUGAAUCCGGAUGUUGACUCCGAUAGCGACACGGGCCGCAUUGAAACUCCGAACUCUGCCAAGUCAACUGGACGACAAAAUAAAUUCCCUGAUCUGACAGCCACGUCAAUGAGCAACAAGAAUUCGAUUUCGCUGGAGCAGCGAGUCUCAGAAUUUGAUAAAACCGCACAGUACAUGAUCAGGAAAUUGGAUACGACUCGUCAAACGAUCGAAAACUGCAACGAAGGACCGGAAACAAUAGAACAUCUGAAAUUGAGUAUUGCACCCGACGCAGCCACUCUGAUCUCUCAGGGUGACACACUAGUGUUGGAGACUCAUGGCAAGUCCACUGAACUAUCUGCCACUGUCAUGAAGACUCAAUCGUUGCUGAGAGAAAAAUUCCGUGAAAUGAAGCAUGCACGAAUCCCAAAGACCAUCGAAUGGAGUGCCGAACACUUACAGAAAGAUCAGACCAUUCAGCCCGAAAACCAUAUUUUACCGAAGGAGAAAUCAUUAAACGACAAACAGCUGUUGACUGGAUUGAAAUCGGACCUACUUCUCCUUCGACAAACAUCUGAUGAAGGAAGCGAUGCUACCAAGAAGUUGAUCGAAAAUAUAAUGCUAAUGAUCAGCCGACCCCUGGAUCACUCUUCGGAAUCAGAAUUGCAACAGCAAGUUGCUACAAUUCGGGAGCGUCAAGAGGAUUUAAAACUUGCCAUGGAUACAUCGCAUGUGUCACCGCGAGCCAAAGCAACCAUGGAAUCAUUGGAGCGCGCCAAGCGAGAGCUUUCAUCACAUUGUGAUGCAAUCAAACUUUCGCUGGCAAAUUUGAAUCGGGCCAAAGAAUGGCAAUUUAACGAAAAUUCACCGAAGAACUACCCCUCAGCAACUGCACCGAACGAAAGCUUAAAUGGAAGCUUCAAGGGUGAAAAUCAAACCGAAGCCUAUGUUCCCGGAUCCUUUGCAUCAAAAGCGAAAGCUAAAUUUUUUGCAUUAGAACCAACAGACGCUAGCUUUGAAGCUAAAUUUACAGCGAUGUCCGUCUGGUUGGAUACAAACAAGAAAAUGAUAAAAAAUCAAAAGAUUGAGGUCGGUGAUAUCGAUGCUAUAAUCCAAGCAACGAAACGGCAAAAGGAAGUACUUCGCGAGUUGGAGAUCAAAAAACCGCAAUUGGAGGAGCUAGUACAGACCGCUGAAAGCUUGAAAACCGAUACCAAUCGCCAAGAACUUCACCAAAAGGUUACUCGAUUACGUGAACACUGGGAUGAAACCUCACAAGGUGCCUUGCAGAGAAAAUCGGCACUAACGUCAAUGCUGGGUGAUUCUCAAAGAUACGAAUCGAAACGUUUAGAAAUUGAAGCAUGGCUGGCUCGUAUGGAAAAUCGUUCGGAACUUAUGGGACCAGUGGGAACAACAGCUGAUAUUUUAGAAGCACAGCAGAAAGAGCAAAAGUCCUUUCAUGCCGAGUUACAUCAGUACAAAUACCACAUAGAGCUAUUCAGUCAAUUAACGCAAAAACUAAUCAAAGUUUAUCACACGGAUGAUACAUCAAGAAUUAAAAGGAUGACUGAAUCUGUCAAUUUGAGAUACAACAAUCUCAACAAUGGUGUCAUCAAUCGUGGUAAAUUAUUGCAUGCGGCAGUCAAUAAUUUACAAUCGUUCGACAGAAAUAUGGAUCAGUUUUUGGCCUGGCUAAGCGAAGCUGAAUCGGCGUGUGAAAAUGCAGAACAGGAAAUCGAGAGAAAACCUCAUAUUAUAAUGGAUCUACAAUCCGAAAUUGAAACGCAUCGCAUGGUCUACGAUCGUUUAGAUGGAACCGGUAGAAAAUUGCUGGGCUCACUCACAUCACAAGAAGAUGCCGUUAUGCUGCAACAUCGUUUAGACGAAAUGAAUCAGAGAUGGAAUCAUUUAAAAUCAAAGAGCAUAGCCAUUAGAAAUCGUCUUGAAUCGAAUGCAGAACAUUGGAAUGCUUUGCUGUUAUCGUUGAGGGAAUUGACCGAAUGGGUGAUUCGCAAAGAUACAGAGUUAUCAACAUUGGGACAUAGUCCGGUUCGAGGUGAUGCGGCAAGUUUGCAAAAACAAUUGGACGAUCACAAAGCGUUCCGUCGUCAAUUAGAGGACAAACGACCUGUCGUUGAAAGUAAUCUCUUAAGCGGUCGACAAUAUGUUGCCAGUGAACCACCUGUAUCUGAUGCCAGCGAUUCCGAAGCUCUGGAAGGUGAUUCACGAUAUUUAUCAGCCGAAGAACAAAACCGUGAACUGACACGUAGUAUUUUACGAGAAGUUGGUAAACUGUCAGAACAAUGGAAUAAUUUGAUUGAUCGAUCGGACCACUGGAAACAUCGUUUGGAUGAAUAUAUGACGAAAAUGCGCCAAUUCCAAAAGACACUCGAAGACCUUACAUCUCGAGUUGCUUCAGCUGAAACAACCACAACAACAUGGAAUCAACCAGCUUCAGCCAAUGAAGCCAGCGAUCAGGUACAACAUCUGCAAAGGCUGCGUGAUAAAAUGACUACAGCCGGUGCAUUGCUGGAUGACUGUAACGAACAGCAAGGUUUCUUCUCCGCAAAUCAUGUUCUAGUUCCCAAUCAAUGUCUGGCUAAAUUGGAAGAUCUGAAUACCAGAAUGAAACUCCUUCAAAUCGCAAUGGAUGAACGGCAAAAGGUUUUGAUCAGUGCCGGCGCCAAUCAGAACAAUCUCAACGCAGACGACAUUCGCAAUUCAUCGAAUAAUGGCACUAUCGGUCCGCUGCCUAAUUUAAGUGCAAGUGUCAAACCACCUUGGGAGCGGGCAACAACGCCAGCAAAUGUGCCUUAUUACAUCGAUCAUGAACGUGAAACAACACACUGGGACCAUCCGGAAAUGAUUGAGCUUAUGAAAUCUCUAGCUGAUUUGAAUGAAGUCAGAUUCUCUGCGUAUCGAACUGCGUUGAAGCUACGAUCAGUUCAGAAGCGUUUAGCACUCGACCGUAUCCCAAUGACAACGGCAAUCGAAUCGUUUGAUCGACAUGGCCUGCGCGCACAAAAUGAUAAACUAAUCGACAUUCCGGAUAUGACAACUGUGUUGCACUCUCUGUUCGUUACAAUCGAUCAAAUUGAUAUGCCGCUGAUGUUGGAUUUAGCCAUCAAUUGGCUGCUGAAUGUCUACGAUUCACAACGGACUGGACAAAUCCGGGUGCUUAGCUUUAAGGUUGGUUUGAUUUUACUCUGCAAGGGCCAUUUGGAAGAGAAGUACCGCUACUUGUUCCGACUGAUUGCCGAUCCUGAACGGAAAGUGGAUCAACGGAAAUUGGGUCUGCUUUUGCACGACUGCAUCCAAGUACCGCGACAGUUGGGCGAAGUGGCGGCUUUCGGUGGUUCGAACAUUGAGCCAUCGGUCAGAUCUUGUUUGGAACGUGCUGGCAUUUCACAGAACGGUCAGGGCGACUGUCAAGAAAUUUCCAUCGAAGCGCAACAUUUUCUCGGAUGGUUACAGCAUGAACCGCAGAGUUUAGUGUGGCUACCGGUAUUACACAGGUUAGCUGCAGCAGAGGCAGCAAAACAUCAGGCAAAAUGCAACAUUUGCAAAGAGUAUCCGAUCGUCGGAUUCCGUUAUCGAUGCUUGAAGUGCUUCAAUUUCGAUAUGUGCCAAAUGUGCUUCUUCUUCGGUAGAACGGCCAAAAAUCACAAACUUAGUCAUCCAAUGCACGAAUAUUGCACGACAACAACAUCCACUGAAGAUGUGCGAGACUUUACACGGGCGUUGAAAAAUAAAUUCAAAAGCCGAAAGUACUUCAAGAAACAUCCACGAGUCGGAUAUCUUCCCGUGCAAAGUGUUCUCGAAGGUGACGCUCUGGAAAGUCCGGCACCGAGUCCACAACACACGACUCACACAUUACAGAAUGAUAUGCACUCAAGACUCGAAAUGUAUGCGUCUCGUCUGGCGCAAGUAGAAUAUGGAACUCGCAGCAAUUCGACGCCGGACAGUGAUGACGAACACCAGCUCAUAGCACAAUAUUGCCAAUCGCUUCCGAACAAUGGUCCGAAAUCACCCGUUCAGGUCAUGGCCGCCAUGGAUGCCGAACAACGCGAAGAACUUGAAGCCAUCAUAAAGGAUUUGGAGGAGGAGAAUGCAACACUGCAGGCCGAAUACGAACGACUAAAAUCAAAACAAACGCCAACAACGACACCCGACGACAAUCAGAGUCCUCUAGUUCAGGCGGCUCAGGGACAGGACAUGAUGACCGAAGCGAAACUGUUGCGCCAGCACAAAGGUCGAUUGGAGGCUCGCAUGCAAAUCUUAGAAGAUCACAAUCGACAAUUGGAGGCACAGUUAACACGACUGCGACAAUUGUUGGAUGAACCAGGCACUAAACCAUCUACAUUACAAACCCGAUCGGUCACAGCGUCGCAAUUGAAUACAGAGUCACCGGCUAAGAUGCAACACAAUGGCCACUACGAACAGAAUCAAAAUGGUGUCGGAGGUGCAGGCGAAUCGGCAUUGAACGGAGGUUCGGCUUUGUCAAAUAAUUUAAUGUCAAUGAUGAAUGCACCGGGAGGUAGUGUUAUUGCUUCUGGUGAUGGACGUCCACCACCGCCUCCGCAUUCAAGCUUGCUACAUAUGGCGGGUCGCAUUUAAGGACAUUAAGAUGAUCUUGGACGAGCUGUCGAAGAAUUGGUGACGGUAAUAACUGAACAGGAAAGCGAUACAAUCGACAAUGGAAAUAACAAUCCAGAUGUUACGUUAGAAGAGAAGAAAUAAAGUGUUUUUUAAGGGAAAGAUCACGUAGAUCGUAGUAAAAAUGGGAAUUUUUACAAAAAAGAAAACAGAAACAAAAUAGUCAUUAGUUAUUGGAGUCAUUGAGAGGUACUAAAAACUAAACGAAGUUAUAUAAUAUAUUAAUACAAUUAUGCCCCACGGCACACACCGUCGCUAAAUAAUUAAUUUUUUAGACGGAAGAUUUGUCAUUUUUUUAACAUUUUAUAAUUUAGUUGAUGAAAUAUUAUUUUUAAAUCAUUUUCGUUUUUUGAAUUUAAUUUUAUUAAUCGAUGAGUUUAUUGGAGAAAUAUUUUUUAAACAAAAUAGAAAAGAAAAAGAAAACUUUUAAUUAACCCGUGAGUAGUAGUGAUUUGAAUGGAUAAAGGAAACUUAACUCAUUUAUAAGUAAAAUCAAAUUAACGAAAGAAAAAAAAUUAUAAAAAUUUUACAUAAAGAAUAAAAGAAGAAAAAAUUGUGAAAUAAAUCUGAUGAAGAGAUGAUGAAGACGAGAAUAAAAUAAGUAAAGUGGAUAAUAAAACAAAAACAUAGCAAACAAAAAUAAUCAUUAUAGCUAAACAAAACAAACUAAUGGACCCAAACAAAAAUAUAUUAAAAUUUAAACGAAAAAAAAAAACAAUUUAUGAUAAACUAAAACUAACAAAAAUGAUCGUUUUUAGAGUCUUUGUAAGAAAAACAAGUAACCGAAUUUCCCCUCUAGAAAUAAAUUUAAAAAGAAAAAUUGCAGCGCUAAUCAAGUAGCGUUCAAUACCCAUUCAGGGCUUGAUAAUUCGGAAUCGUAAUUCAUAAAAAGCUCUGACAUUCACGACGAGCAAUUUCAAUUUCAUUUAUUUCCAAGAGCAAUUCAGAAUUUUUUUUGCUUUGAGUUAUAACCUCAUGAAUUCAACCAGAACUGAGAAACUGAAAUAUUGCACAUUCAACACAGUCACUACGUGCUUUGUAUAGACAAUAGAAAGUUAUAAAACAGCUCCAAACGGACAUCUCUUAGAAACGGGACCUAAUUUGACAAAUAAAUUUCCUAAAUUUUUUCAGCAAAAACAGGAAAAUUUUAGCAAAUUUUGGAAAAAAACUGACUUUGGUCCGUAUGCGCCAAUUUUGCUUAACUUGAGACGAAAAGCUCAAAGGCGCAAGAUCCGAAUUUUUAUACACAGAAAACCAAAACAUCCUUAGGAGAAACAUCCAUGGAUGGGAGCGAUAAACAGAGCUAUAGCUCUUCCCUUUCCCGCACCUCACUUAAAGCGGCAAAAAAAAGGAAAAAAGAAAAUCUGUUUCGACCUCGAGAACUAGCGGCGGUCACAGGUGCGAGUGGAUUGUGAGACAUUGAGACAUUGUCAUCUGCUGAUGGAAAAUUUGGGGAAAUCGCGGUAAGAUGCUAAGAAAUCACCAAAAAAAUGCAGCAAACCAAACAAAAGAAUUGAGCUUGACCUCCAAAACAGAAGUAAAAGAUAAAAAAUUCUCAUGCGUCUUACUCAAAAUCAGUAGAAGAAAAUCUCGUAGUGAAUGAAGUAUGACCUCAAGCUACACUAAUUGGCCCAAAAUUCCGGAUGACGAAACUCUAUUUUACAGAGAAUGACUCGCCAGCACUCAAUCUGUAAAGAUCAACCAGUUGCCUUCAAUGCACAAAAGCUGAUAUUCAAUUUGCAGGGAAAGACUCACUAGCACUCGAUCUGCAAAGAUGAGCUGUACAAUGGAAACAUCAGAAAAGAGACUCAAUCUAGUCUUUGAAGUCAUAAACCGUAGCUGAAUCUACAAAGUCACAAUUGCGAGUGAAGCACAACAGCAAACGACAAAAUCAUUGGUCAAAAAUGACUAUUGCAAAUGACUAGCACUUGACUUACAAAGGCUGAACUCAUUCUUCAACACAAAGAAACAUUUCCGUUUUCCGUUUUCGCUUUCCGCAAUCUGCCUUCCCCUAAUUUGACAGCAAAAACAGGAAAAUUUUAGCAAAUUUUGGAAAAUAAAUUAUUCAAAAACUGAAAAUGCGUUGGAACGAAAGCUACCCAAAGCACUCGGACAAUGCUGGACAUUAUUUUGUGUUAACAAGGCAGGAAACGAAAAUGGAAAGUGCAAUAUGUAAAAAUGCCCUGAUCAGACAGGUUGGAAACUAUAGUUGUCGGGUGAUAUAUGUUAUCACCAUUUUGACUUCCCCCUGGUUUUUAGAAUGUUAACUCACUUUUCUUGUAAACGACCGUUGAGACCCUUUUUGUAAUUCACAGAAUAUUUUUACGAAUAAAAAUUCCGAAUACCAAUGCCUCUGACUCAUUACAUUUUAGAAGUAAAUUUAUUUGUAAAAAUGUUUUACCAAAACGAAAUGAAGUCAUGAACAAAGGAACAUUCUAAUCGAGAAAAGAAAUGUGCGGACAACCAAUCCUUUUGGUUGGUUAGUCUGGUUUUGUUUUUAAUUUCUGAAAAGAGCAAAACAAAAUGAAUUUAAUUGAAGAGAAAAAAACAUUUUUGAUUUUAGGAGUCCCGUGAAAUUUUUCUACUGAAACAAAAAAAAAUCCUCACUCUAACACUUCCCUCGAAACUAUACAAUACAUUUGAUAAAAAUUAACUACAGACUUUGCUAUAAAUAAUUAAGAGAUAAACUUAAACGAAAAAAAAAACAAAAUAUUCAAACAUAUCUUCUGUCUUUUCUAAGAAAAAUAAGAGAAAAAAAAUCAUUUGCAUCAACUAAAAACAUAUUAAAACUAUACAAAUCGACUACGAAUUUACCAAGACAAAAAUUAAAUUUA